AUGGACUUUGAUAAACUCAAGACUAUCCUCCCAAAAGAUCCUUUAUUUUGGAAUACAGACGAAACUUUAAAAUGGUUGUAAUUUAUUGGUUUACAACAAUAUUCUGAUUAAUUUAUUUAAUAAACAGUAGAUGGCUCUUGCUUAUAAUAAUUAGAUAAAUAUGACUUAAAAUUGUUAGGAAUAUAUAAUUAAAUACAUUAAAAAAAAAUAAAAAAUUGGUUGAAACUAGGUUUGUUAUAAUAUUCUUUAUUUCUUAAAGGUCUAAAAUAUCCAUAAGAUUAAGAUUAAAAUGAAAUAUUGUUUUAUGAAAAAUUAUAUCUAAAUAAUAUUAAUGAUGAAUAAAAUCUAAUAAGCUAAAUGUAACAUUAACUAAUUGAAAGUGAAAAAAAUUUUAGUGAUCAUUCUUCAAAUAAUGAUGAUUGUACAAGAGAAAACUAAUAAAUUAAAUAAUAAAUUCAGCCUGAAGAAUAAAAAAAAAACGAAUAAUACGAAUUAAUAUUGAAACCUAUAGAUAGUGUUUAAGUAAGUUUUUAUUCUAUAAAAGAGGAAGGAGCAAAAAUAGGAAGAAAUAAUGCAAAUGGUAUAGUUAUUUUAAAUGAAACAGUUUCUCGUUUUCAUGCUUAGAUUUCUUUUAUUAGUAUAAAUUUUUAUAUUAAAGAUUUAGGCUCUAUAACUGGUACUUUUACUCGAAUUAAAGAUAGAAUUGUAUUAGAAUAGGGAAACAUCAUUGAAAUGGGAUCUUUUUAAUAUUAUAUUUAAAGUAUUUAAGAAAAUAUUUUAUAAAUAAGUAUUUUAGAAAAACCUGGGAAUUUAUAUAAUUUGUAGUUUUGUUAUGAAAUGAUUGAAUAAGGUUAAUACUUUUCAAUAGGAAGAAAAAUAUCUAAUAAAAUUUGUUUUGAAGAAGAUUCCCAUUUAUCCAAUGUUCAUGCUAAAAUUUUUUUAAUUUAAGGAAAAUUCUUAUUAGAAGAUAAUUGCUCUACUAAUGGAAUAUGGUUAAGAUUAAGUGAUGAAGGAAAAGAAAGUGAAUAUUUUUAAUUAUAGAACGAAACAUAAAUCAGAAUAGGAAAUGAUUUUUAAUAUAGUUGUUAAAUUAAUUCUUAAAAAUAAGUAAUUGAUAAAAUUGAUUAAUAAAAUUUAUGUAUUAUUUGUUGUGAAGAAGAUAGGGAUGUUAUUUGUAUCCCUUGUAGACAUAAUGCUUCUUGCUUGAAAUGUAGUAAAAACUUAAAAAAUUGUAUUAUAUGUAGAUUCCCUGUAUAAGAUAUUGUAAAAAUUUAUAAAUCUUGA